AUGUUCACAGGAUCUUUCAAUGUCGGAGGUUGGACGACAGGUUCUUCUUUGAUCUCCCUGGGACUCAACGUCUGGCAAUCGAUGAUUGCAAUCGUCAUCGCACACACCUUUGUCGGGUUUGCUAUCCGAGUCUUCUUAUCCUUUGUAUGGACAGCCACCAACACGUGGUAUGGAAGCCAAUGCUUGAGGGUCCUCUUGACCUGCAUCUGGCCAUCGUACCUCAAUUUGGAUUCUGAGCUUGCGGACGGUACGAUAAAAGUCUAUGACCUCAUCUCAUUCGUUCUGUACUUCCUGCUCUGUCUACCACUGAUCUGGUUCAGCCCAGAGAACUAUCGCAAGCCGUUCCUCUUCGCCUCGACGACGGUGGCGACGACCGUUCUUGUGCUGUUGAUCUGGUGUACCACUCGCGCCGGAGGUGGAGGUGCCCUUCUUGCAGAUGUGCGCAAAGUCUCUGGUAUCGAGCCUGCACAAGGGGGGGACUUGGGCUGGGCUUUCGUAGCCGCGGUCACGGCAAACAUUGGAGGUAUCGCCACGCAUAUGUGGUCUCAGCCCGACUACACCCGCUAUGCGCGGAAGCCAGGGGACCAGGUCCUCGCUCAGCUUAUUAUGGUGCCCCUAGGAACCAUCAUCGUGGCCUGUAUCGGGAUAAUCUGCACGUCUUCCAAUUCCGGCGCUCGCGCUGGGGUCGCAUUUGCCACUAUCGCUUUCAUGUUGUCGCAAUUUGGCAUGGUGAUCGCCUCCAACUGUGUAGUCGCGGGUAUCGGUCUAGCCGCGCUGCUACCGCGAUGGUUUACGAUCCGCCGAGGGGGCUACUUUACCAUCGUCUUCGUCUUCGUCAUACAGCCCUGGUCGCUACUUAACAGCGCCAGCAAUUUUUUAACCGUGGUCGGCAGCUUCAACCGGACCAUCAAGCUCACCGACCUGUACGGUGACUCACCCGCCAGCAUCUACUGGUACACCAAAGGUUGGAACCUGCGGGCGGCCGUUUCUUGGAGAGCUAUGGCACCUAGCGAGUUGCCCUGGUUUGUGGGUUGUCUCGUAUCGGGGUCGAUAUAUCUCGCAUUCGACCGUAUCUGGUCCAUACCUGAGAAGCAGGCAGUGGACGAAUUGGAUUACUUUGGCACCUUUGGAGAUGCGCCCGUGGCUGAGCUGGACGCAAGCUCGAUAUCAGAGGCUGUGGGAGAAAAGUCGCGCGUGGGGCAAAAGGUCCAGAUUGUCUGA